AAUAAGUUAGAUUUAUUUUAUUUUAUUUAUUGUGAAAAAGAUUGUUUUUAGAAUAAAAAAGAAACAUUGAGACCCGAUUGCAUCGGUUCGCAUCUGUGGUCUCUUCCUGUCUGGUGUCUGCAACAACGAGAAGGGACUCAUUUUUCUCUGCAACUCCGUCAUUCUCUCUCUGACAAUUUUCAAUUCAAUCUCAUGCAAAAUCUCAUCCUCCGCCAUUUUUGAAUCUGAACAAACUCUCUCUCCCUCUCUAAAAAUGGAAGUUUCCCCCUCUUCAUCUGAAGAUACAUCCGACACUUCUCAACAACAAUGCUCCUUCUCCAUCUCCGACAACCACCGUCUAUACUUGGUCCCUUUUAGGUGGUGGAAAGAAGCUGAAGGUGGGUGUGGUGAUCCAGAUGGGGGAACGAAGAAGAAAAGAGGGGUUUUGUACGAUGCGUUGCCGGCAUCGUCUUUGUAUGCUGGUCCAAUGAAGAUACUCAAUAGCAUUUUUAAAUCAGAUCUUGCAUUUAACCUUAUUAAAAAAGAAGAAGAAGAUGAUGAUAAUUAUGUUUCUGAGAAUAACGGAGGGGAAGAUAGAGACAUAAAUGGAGUAUCUGGACGAAACUAUGCAUUGGUUUCUGCGGAUAUGUGGCUUGAGGCACUUAAAUGGCAUAGUGAGUCCAAAGGCACAGCGAAGGCGUCCGAAGAUGAUAUGACUGAUGUAUACCCUUUACAACUCAAGCUUUCUAUUUUGCAAGACACCAACACAUUGGGAGUAAGAAUAAGCAAAAAGGAUAACGCUGUCGAGUGUUUUCGAAGAGCCUGCAAGAUUUUUAGCAUAGAGUCUGAAGUAUUAUACAUUUGGGAUUUUUCUGGACAAACAGCUAAUUUUCUUCUAAACGACAACAGCAAGAACACCAAAGACUUUCCAAGACAGCCUGAGCAAGAUAUUCUGUUGGAGCUGCAAGUUUAUGGGUUGUCAGAUUUGAUUAAAAACAAAGAUAUGAAAAAAGAUGAUGUGAAUGUGAUUAAAGGUUCAUUAAAGAUGAACGGUUGUAUGAGCAUGCGUAGUGAGAAGGGUUCGUUGGGGUUAACCGGUUUACAGAACUUGGGUAACACUUGUUUUAUGAAUAGUUCUCUCCAGUGUCUUGCUCAUACCCCAAAGCUUGUUGAUUACUUCCUUGGAGAUCACAGGAAAGAAAUAAACCACGAUAAUCCAUUGGGCAUGAAUGGUGAGAUUGCAAUGGCGUUUGGAGAUUUACUAAAGACAUUAUGGGCUCCUGGGGCAACAGCUGUACCACCACGAACAUUCAAGUCCAAGCUUGCUCAUUUUGCUCCUCAAUUUAGUGGCUUCAAUCAGCACGAUUCUCAAGAGCUCCUUGCUUUUCUAUUAGAUGGACUUCACGAAGAUCUAAAUCGUGUUAAAUGCAAACCUUAUGUUGAAGCCAAGGAUGGUGAUGGUAGACGAGAUGAAGAUAUAGCUGAUGAAUACUGGCAGAAUCAUCUCGCUCGCAACGACUCUAUCAUUGUUGAUGUAUGCCAAGGUCAAUAUCGGUCAACACUGGUAUGCCCAGUUUGCAGAAAGGUGUCUGUCACAUUUGAUCCGUUCAUGUAUCUGUCAUUACCCUUACCAUCAACAUCACUGAGGACAAUGACUUUGACACUUGUGUCCACCGAUGGUAGUGCUCAGCCAAAUCCUGUAACUGUUAGUGUUCCCAAGCAGGGAAAGUUUGAAGAUCUUGUUAAUGAUUUGAGAAACAAGUGUUCUUUAGGGAAUCAUCAAACCCUCAUGGUGGCUGAGGUAUACAACAAUCAUAUUAUACGCUUUCUAGGGGACCCCGCUGAUUCAUUAUCCUUAAUUAGGGAUGAUGACCGACUUGUUGCUUAUAAGUUACAAAAAGAUUAUCACAAAUUUUCUCAGAUUGUUUUCGUUCAUCAGCAAAUAGAAAAACAGGCUUUUGGGCUUCCUCUUGUAGCUUGUGGUGAAAUUGUAAAAGGACACGAUAUCCGUGAUUUAUAUUUCAAAGUACUCAAGGCUUUCACAAUAAAGGCCAAGAAUUCUUCCACAGAGAAUAAUGGCAACAUGCCAACCGAAGAUGAAGAUGAAGAAACAAAGAAUGAGUCGUGCUCUGAUUAUGAAAUAAAGUUUUAUUUGAGUGAUGAUAAUGGAAAUGUGAAAGGCUGUGAGAUUGUUAUGGAUGAGUUGUUAAAUUCAAGCGAGUUGACCGGUCGAGUAAACAUUGUUGUGUGUUGGUCUGAUAAGAAUAAGAUGGUUGAAGAAUAUGAUCAACGGCUUCUUAGAUCACCUGCUGAAAUCUAUAAGCCUGCUUUGUUUAGCAAACGGCCUCAAGAGUCUAUUUCUUUGUAUAAAUGCUUAGAAGCAUUCCUUAAGGAAGAGCCACUUGGACCCGAAGACAUGUGGUACUGUCCUGGGUGCAAAAAACACCGACAAGCUAGUAAGAAGCUAGACCUAUGGAGACUGCCAGAGAUCCUAGUAAUUCAUUUGAAGAGAUUCUCAUACAGCAGAUUCUUGAAGAAUAAGUUGGAAACAUACGUUGAUUUCCCUAUCCACGAUCUUGAUUUGUCAACAUUUGUUGCAUACAGUAAUGGACGAUCAAGUCAUCGUUAUAUGCUUUAUGCAAUUAGUAAUCACUAUGGAAGCAUGGGAGGUGGCCAUUAUACCGCCUUCAUCCGUCAUGAUGGGGAUAGAUGGUAUGACUUUGAUGAUAGCCAUGUCUCCCCAAUCGAUGAGGAUAGAAUCAAGACUUCUGCUGCUUAUCAUACUCAAUUUAGUUUACAGUCCAAGAGCUGGCUAGCUGCAAUGUGA